AUGGAUAUUGUGAUUAUUGCUCCAAAGCCAUUGAAGGAGGGAGUAGUUAUUGUGAAGUGGAGUAAAGAAACAGGUGAAGAAUUUAUGAAAAAAUUUAUUCAAUGGUUUAAGGAACAAAAUAUCAAGCAAAUAAUUCUCACUCCGGACGGAAAAUUAAAGAUUGAAUACCAUGAUAACAAGCCAAAAGAAGAAUUGUCUUCUCAGCAAAUAGAUAUGCAACCCCACAAACAACAGCUUAACAAUGUUAAAGAAUAUUUACAAAAAACUAAUAAAAAAAGUUUUGACGAACAAAAAUUGAAUGAUUUAGAGAAAAAGUUAAAUAACUUAACUAAUGAAUUUUUGUCUACUGAAAAACCCAAGGACUAUAAAGUUUUAUGGGUUAGUUUAGGAGGAAUAGGAUUAUUAGUUAUCGGGGGAUUGCUUGGUUGA